GAGUGAAAGUGAGUGAAGUGAACUGACAAGCAUGUGACAAGCACAAGCACAAGCAUAACCUUACUUUUUGUUAUGUUCUUAUUUUGCGUGCUUAAAUCUAGUUCUACUUUUGAAAAUGAAGAAAAAUCCUAAGACAACAGGCACUUUGGCGGAUAAGAUCGCUAACAUAUUGGUAGCAGCCCCUGUCAAUGAAGAUCCGGAGGAUGGAACAGACGAAACGAAAGCUAUAGUGGAGGAGGAGGUUGAAGAUGCUAAUUCUGAUGAGGAACAACUGCUGAGUAAAUUCAGAAAACAAAACAUUGAGCUAUUAGCUGAUGUUGAUGAAAGAUAUGCUGGUAAGAAAGGUACACGAAAGGACUUGGUAGGGUCGGAUGAAGAUUCUGAUGAUGAACCGGAAGAGUCAGCUGUGCACAGUGAAUCCUCAGAACAAGACGAUGAAGAUGAUAGUGAUAUUGGUAGUGAUGAAGAUAGUGCCCAAAGUGAACAUUCAUCCCUGGCUGAAGAUGAUGCCUCUGGAGGAUCACAAGAUGAUGAAGUUGAAACUAGCUUUACACCUUUGAAGGGAACUGAUAUGACAAGCCAGAUCGCAAAAGGAUUGUCUGUUAGAAAUCAGCUUAAUAUUUGGGAAAAUUUGUUAGAAAUGAGAAUACAACUGCAAAAGUGUCUCAUUGCUGCAAACAAAAUGCCGCAGCCUCAAAAUUAUCAGCGAAUGAAGAAGGAAUCCGGCCAAGAAUUUACUGAAAAAGUGGUUGAGACUAAAAAUAGCUUAAGUAAUGCUUUAGAUAAGUUACUCCUUUUCCAACAAUUGGCGCUGAAGACCUACCCUGAAACAAAAAAUCUUGCACAUACAAAAGGUGAUGAUAAAACAGACCAUGAUGAUGAUGAUGAAGAAAUUCCAAGUGAUACUGAAGGUGAGGAAGAAGCUCAGGAUAUCGAUGAAGAACCUCAAGUCAAGAAAAGAAAGCUAAUAAACUACGAAUCCGAAAUUGAUGCUAGACACAACAAAUAUAAAGAGUAUAGGAAUAGCGUGAUACAAAAAUGGCAUGAUAAAACAAGGAUAGCAGCGAUCAAGUCUAAUAUACAUCAGCAUUCCAUAAUAAGUCAUAUAGAGCACACUUUAAGUGAUAAAACAAAGUUGAUAAAACGUACUCAGCUGAAGCGCAGUAAUUAUAGGAUUGUUGGGGAAGAGAGUAAGCAACAAUCUGAAGAAAAUCCUAGUGAAGUAGUUGUGCAUGUAGAUGAAUAUAAUACGGAAAUAUUUGACGAUGAUGACUUCUAUCAUCAGAUGCUGCGUGAACUGAUAGAAAUGAAAUCGGCAGAUGUAACAGAUCCGGUUCAGUUGGGUAGGCAGUGGAUACAAUUGCAAAACUUGAGGAGUAAAAUGAAGAGGAAAGUAGACACAAGAGCAUCUAAAGGCAGGAAGAUAAGGUACGCUGUACAUUCAAAAUUGGUGAACUUCAUGGCACCCAUUGAUGAGAACUUGUGGACAGAUGAGGCUAAAACUGAACUCUACAGUUCACUCUUUGGAAAAAACCAACCUGUGAUAGCUUCUUAGUCUUUGAUAGCAGAGUGAAAUUGGAUGUGCUGUUAGUGGAAAUAAUUAUUUAUGUGUAUUAAAAUACCUCUAAGAAUCAGUUGUAGAAGGGAAGUACUUCCAGAGUUUUGUAUCUUUUCAUGGUACAGGACUAUAGCUGCAAAAGAGGUAAAAGCAUAAUGGUUGGAUUGAUAUUUGUAUAUAAAUGCAAUAUGUGUAUUAUUUUUCUCUGCUAUAGAUAUUAGACUUUGUAAUUUUUCUACAUUCAACUGAACCUUUCGUCUUAUUUGAUGACCAACCUAAACUAUUUUUCGUGAAACUUUUGACGUGAUUUUGAGUGUCCCAUUUUGUUAAUUUGGAACUAUUGGCAAGGUGAAUCUGCUGGCAUUCAGUAUGUGGCAGAACGCUGAUAGGUGAAGUCAGAGAAAAUUACGAUUGUUCCAAACCAGGUUUGUUUUAUCUCUGAUUACUCGUUAAUAUAAAUUGAUUCGAACCCCCCAUUGUCUUAUUCUGGAGAAACCCACAGCGGGGAAAAGAGAACCACACCUUUCAUAACUUCAAAAUGUAGUCAUCGUUAUUAGCAGCUAUAUCGAUCAGCUCAUUUUGAUUGCAAAUGAAAGCUGUUCGAAUUGUUUAAUACAAAAUAAAUCGGACAAAACCGUAAGCAUCCCUAAGAAUCGGAGUUGAUAAAAACCAGGAUUCUAUUGAACAACUCGAAAAGACGAUUUUUUUAUUUACUCAUCACACUUACAAAAACGUUAACUAUUUACUUAAUCCGGCCUGGAAUAAGGCCAAGCGUAUGCUUGUCCAGACUCCAGUCAGCAUUUGAGGAUUUACUUUACGCGGAUACAUAUUUACGUUCCGUUUUAGUCAUAUCCCAUCAAAAAAUGAACCUAUCCGACGGUUCUUUUGCUUUCGAGAAUGUAUGCCUUGUUUUAAAUCAUAAUUCAAGUUGGGAAAAUGAGUUGAUGUAAAUCAUGGCUUAAAUCCUGCUAGGAAGUACGGACCAGUAGGUACAAGGAAGGUACGCUUCUGUCACUUGAUGAUAUGGGAUAUUUUGAAUUUGAAAUUGAAUGAUCAGCUGAUGUUUGCUGUCACAUUUUCUAGUAUUAAAAGUAUUGUGGGCAAUAUUUGACUGGUGAAAUACACAAAAAAUCUCAAGGUUUAUUUGGCCAAGCGACUUUUCAUGGAAUAUCUAUAAGGCUUGCGUCUUUUGUUAAUAGUCUUAAUUUCACCAUCCCGGAUUUUGGAUUGUUGACUUGUUCAAAAAAUAAUUAGGGGGACCUUUUUGAAACGAGCUGAUAAAGAGAAAGUCAUAAUUUGCCCAAACUUUUCCGCUGAUGAUGAUAGAAAUAAAACGUGUAUUUCUAUGCUCUUUUGCUAGUCAUGCUUUUAUUUUAAUGUACAUAUAGUAUAUGGAAAAUGUGUACAUAUGAACAGUAAAUAAAAGAAAGUAAUGAAAUAAUGUUUUGGAUAAUACUUUUAUUACAAAAUUU